AUGGGGCCCCUGGGCAAUAGGGGAUCAUGGGGCCCCUGUGUCCUUGCCCAAACUCAAAAAAGCCUAUGAAAAAGGUACCAGGGGCAUCUCAUGGGGCCCCCUACUGACCCUGGGCCCUCAGGCAGUGCCCGAGUUUCCAAAUCGUCAGUCUGCCCCUGUUUUGUACACUACAUGGUACAUUUCCAAUUCCACAUCUGUUUAAGCCACUCUGAAUAUUCAGCACAAAGGAAAUGCAGCCCACUUUUUGAGGCAACAAGCUGU